AUGCCCACGUCAAGUAGCAUUCUGCAGAAGUUCCUCAAAAACAGCGUCGCCUUCGAAAGGUCCACGAAGCUGGCUCUUGUGGUACGCGCAGACGUUAAGAUGUCGAAGGGCAAAACGGCGGCCCAGUGUGCCCACGCAGCGGUUAUGUGCUACCAGAGCGCAGUCCAAGGCACCAAGCUGCAGAACGCCAUCUUACAGCGUUGGUGCCGCCUAGGGCAGCCCAAGAUCGUGUUGCGCGUAGACAACUAUGAGCAGCUCAGCAGCCUCGAGCAACGUGCCCAAGAGUCAAACGUAGUGGCCGCCAUGGUGCGGGACGCCGGACGCACGCAGCUAGAAUCCGGAACGGCUACAGUGCUCGGCCUCGGACCCGCACCUGCUGACGAACUAGACAAACUGGUGGCACAUCUGAAACUUUUGUGAAUUCGUAGUUUUACGCAACACUAUAUUAAACUAAAUGUAACAACACAAA